AUGGCUUCAGUGUUUUUGCUUCAUUUUAAGUGUGCUCUCAGCAGCCCAGUACCAGAGUUUGGUAUUCCGGGAACAGUACCAGGUAGUUCGCAAGUGAUUGAUGCAUCGAACCAAACAAGCACACUGCUUCAAACAGCCACCAACCGUUUAAAUACAUCGCUGACAUCAAAUUAUGCUCAACUUCAGAGCACCUUAGAUCAGCUGGGAACGUUCGCCAAAUUCACCGCCAGCAUUGAUCGAACCGUCGUCGUACCACUGCUUGUGCUGACGCGCGAUACAUCGGGUGAUGUUAGUAAUGGGUUUAAAGCUGUGCUUGAUGGAAUCGUUUCUGCACAAAACUACAUCAACAACACGCUUCCGGUGGAUUUAAAAAGCUUAGAACUCCUAAUCCAGCACUACGUACCCGAUCAACUGAAGGAUGGUUUCGGGUGUGUUCGUAGUGGGUUGAAUCAGCUGAGUGAAAGUUUAACAUUGCUGCAAACUGCACUCGUGGCGGCGAUCAAGGAGGCAGGAACGGUCAAUUUGUCGGGGACAGUGUUAAAGAUAUAUGUAAGCCUAACAUCGGUUUUUGAUGUUGCACGUGCCAUUAGCUCGGUCAGGGUUUGCAUUCCAUCGGUCAUUGAAACGAUCAACAGUACAAUCGAUCGAUUAAAGACAGCUGAUGAUUUUAUUAAUAGUUUAAAAAGUAGGAUUUCAAGCUCAUUUGCGAGAUUUGGAUGA